AUGAAACAUCGCAAGAUUCUUGUAGACGACCUGGACGACCAUUUUUUCACAGAUGAAACAUCGCAAGAUUCUUUGGACGGACGACCACUUUUCCCGCAGUCAAAACGUGGCAAGAUUCUUGUGGACAACCUCUUUUCACAGAAAGAAACAGACAAGAUUCUUGUGGACGACCUUUUUUCAUCGCAAGAUUCUUGUGGAGACCACUAUUUUGAAAUGUCGCAAGAUUCUUGUCGACGACCGACCUCUUUUUCACAGGACGAAAUGUGGACGAUUUUUGUGGACGACAUUUCUUUUUUACAGACGAAACAUCACAAGAUUCUUGUGGACAACCUCUUUUUUCACAGAAGAAACAGCACAAGAUUCUUGUGGACGACCACUUUUUUCACGGACGAAAUGUCGCAAGAUUCUUGUGGACGACCUCUUUUUUCACGGACGAAACAGCACAAGAUUCUUGUGGACGAACUCUUUUUUCACAGACGAAACAUCAAUAGAUUCUUGUGGGCGACAUCUUUUUUCACAGAUGAAACUUGUCAUCAAAAACGACAUCUUUUUUUUCAAAAGACUUGUGGAGGACCUCUUUUCACAGACGAAAAAAGAUUCUUGUGGAGGACCUCUUUUUUUCACAGACGAAACAUCAAAAACGACGAGUUUUUCUUGUGGGUGACCUCUUUUUUUUCACGAAGAUGA